AUGUCCGGCAACCCCAACUUCUCCACGGGCUCCUCCCACUUCACCACCGCCAGCUGCAUCGUCUUCGUCGGCAACAUCCCCUAUGAAGGCCUCGCCGAAACGCAGCUCACCGAGAUCUUCAAGUCCGUCGGCCGCGUCGUCUGCUUCCGCAUGGUCUACGACCGCGAGACCGGCCGCUCAAAGGGCUACGGCUUCGCCGAAUACAUCGACGCCGAGACGGCCGCCUCCGCCGUCCGCAACCUCGACGGCUACGACGUCAUGGGCCGCAAGCUCCGCGUCGACUACUCGUCGCAGGGCUACGUCGGCAAGGAGGGCUACCCGGGCAGAGACAACGCCGCCAAAGACACCGCCGCCGCCGCCGCCAAUAAAGACAGCGGCAACAGCAUGUACCCCAUGGGCUUCCCCAAGGACCUCGACUACCCCGACAUCCGCCCCUCCUACAACACCGACACCGGCUACGCCCACGGCAGCAGCCUCUCCGGCAGCGUAGGCAGCAGCGACAAUGGCCGCUUCACCCUCCAACCCUUCGACAUGGGCGGCCCCAACCUCACCAGCAUCUCCCUCGCCUCGCCGACCGCCGAGAACACCCCCACCACGCCCUCCGCCGCCCUCGCAGCCUUCAUCGGCUCGCUCCCGCAGGGCGUCGACACCCACCCGAACCUCAGCACCGCGGACUCCAUCUCCAAGACGCUCUCGCAGAUACCCGCGCCGCAGCUGCUGCUGGCCCUCGGACAGAUGAAGGAGCUGAUUGCGGCGGACCCCGUAAAGGCCGCUGAGACGCUGCGCUACUGCCCGCAGCUCAGCCUCGCGCUGUUUCAGGCCAUGGUGCUCAUGAACCUUGUGAAGCCCGAGGUAGUCUCGCAGAUCCUGGAGGCUAGCACGCCCGCGUAUACCACCGCCGCCGCCGUCACCGCCACCACCAACCAGCAGCAGCAGCAGCAGCAGUUCCAGCAGAACAUGCUCCAGCAGCAAUACCUCCUCCAGCAGCAGCAGCAGCAGCAACACAUGCGCCAGACCACCCCCCAGCAGCAGGCAGGCUUCUACAACGCCCACGCCCACACCCACACCCACACCCACGCCUACCCGCAAGCCCCACUCCCCAUGAACCUCGCCGAGUUCCCCGAGUUCCUCGCGGCCCAGCAGCAGAUGCAGGUCGUGCAGCAGAUCCAGGCGGCCGCUCAGGCCGCUCAGGCAGCACAGGUAGCACAGGCAGCACAGGCAGAGGAGAAGGCGGAGGAGAAGGCGGCGCUGCUGCAGAGGGUCAAGAUGCUGACGCAGGAGGAGAUUGCGCGGCUGCCGGCGGAGCAGGCAACGCAGGUUGUGUUGCUGAGGCAGAGGCUGCUGGCGGAGGCGGGGGCGGGGGCGGGGGCGGGGGGGCAGCAGCAGCAGGGUGGGUUUUAG